CGAAGAGCGUCUCGAUAGCGUGCGCGCUCUCGGUUGCUGUAGCAGGUUUCUAUGGUUACAGAGUCGUCGUUACUCCACGGAGGUGUCAGUCCAUUUAGUUUCGGUAAAUAGAGCUUAUACAGUGUGGUCAUCAGAAACUUAACAGUUCACGAUGGAUUUCAGCAAACUCGAAGAAAUGAAUUUGACACAUGAUGAAAUAAAUCGACUCGGCGAAGCUCUAAAAGACGAGAAGUUCCGCGAGCUACUGAACGAAUACGCGGCCGAGAUCUCAAACCCCGAGAACAAGAGAAGAUACGAGGAAGAAAUCACACAGCUGGAGAAGGACAGAGGCACGGACGUGCAGUUUAUUCACCCUGAAGCUCAUCACGUGCUGAAGACCCGCGGCGCGGGCGAGAAGCGCUUCAUCAAUAUCUGCUCCAAUCAGCUGAUCGAUAAACCCUCGUGCGAGGCGGGCAGAGGCCGAGGCGGGAAAGCGGGCUACAACUGGCGUUUACCGUUCAGUCUGACCCCGGGCAGACCGGACCGAGACGCCGCCGGAAACAGGUGCGUGAUUUACGACGUCAUCUUCCACCCAGACGCGCUUCACGCGGCGGAAACCAACAAGAGACUGAUGGAGCUCCUCCACAGUACAGCCGUCGGAGGCGUCGAGGACUCCUUCCACAUCAAGCUGGAUAAAGGUCAUAUAAAGCAGCUGAAAAUGAAGUAUAAAGGUGUUCCUCAGGCGGCUGUGAUCCGCAGGCCGAUUCCUGGACACGAGCAGCAGCAGAGCACCAGUGAUCCGGACCAGACCCACACAGAACCAGAACCAGAACCCAAAGCUUCCUGUGCCGCUCCUCCAGAUUCUUCAUCAUCCAAUCAGCCCACAAAACCACAUUACACCGUAAAGUACCGGUCAGUCAUUGAUCUGCAGGACUACAGGUGCUCCAGAGACUCGGGGCCCGGGGCCCGACCCAGAGAGAUCGUCAUCACGGUGGCCCUACCGCUGUUGAGAUCCGCGCAGGACGCUGAGGUGCGAGUGCAGGAGCGACGGCUCGUCCUGGAGUCUCAAAAACCAGCGUAUAAACUAGAUCUUCCGCUCUCGUAUCCCGUGGAUGAAGAUAAAGGAGAUGCGAAGUUCAACAAAACGAAGAAAGAGCUGACGAUCACUCUUCCCGUCCAGCCAGUCAGGAGCACAGAUUUACCCCAGAUCAGAUGUGAUGAGAUGAAGAGCAGCGAUGAGGAUGAUGAUGCAGCAGAUCGGAUCCCUCGCACACCAAACGAGGAGGUUCCCGAGACAGAAUUAAACUGCAGUAUUUUAACCCGCUCCGCAUGCGAUACAGCCGGAUUACAGCAGGAGCCAGCAUCAGAACCUCAGACACCUGAGCAUCUCAUCGGCUCUGUAGAAAUGGACAAUGAAGAUGGAGCGAACAUCAAUCAAUCAAACAUCAAUGGAACGCUCGACUCUUCAUCAAAUACAUUUUCCAGCGAAUCUGAAAUCCAAACCCGCGUGACGGCAAACGGUCGAGAUGAAGACGUCCAUGAAGUGAGCGGCGCCCUGGACACAGAAAACACACAGGCAUCCGAGUCGAACACAGCGAGCGACGCUAAUGCAUUACUUCCACACCAGCCGCUGACGACAGAUGAUAAUGCACUGAUAAACCAGCAGCUGAAUCACGAGGAGGAUCGGAGCUCUUCUCAGGACACCGAGAAGACGAGACGCUCCUCAGAAGACCACGAGAGCGCAGCGGAGGAACCAGCGGCUGCUAACAGUGUCCUCUUGAGAGAGAUCGAGCGCGGCGGCAGAGACGUCUUCAUCUGCAGUCACAAGACCUCGGCCGCCUUGUGCUUCCAGAACUCUCUGUGGUCUGAUUUAGACUAAAUGUACACUUUUCUCUUAGCUUACUGAUAGCGUGAUAUCACAUUUUUAGGGUUUUAUAGUCAUGAAAUGUCAUUUAUUUAGUUUCCAUCUUAAUUCACUCAAGUUGAAUGUUUAAAUGUAGAGAAAAAUAAAAAUCUUUGUUCAGAAAUCUA